AGGUAGUUACAACAACCCUCAUUGGCUGUCUCCUGGGAGCAUCCUGCUACUCAACCAGAUGAUGCAGGUGGAUCCUAAGCAUCGUGUGACCAUCAGACAACUCCUAGACCAUCCCUGGACGAUGUCUGGCUAUGGCACCCCUGUAGAGUGGCACAGCAAGCAACCUUUGGGUCACAUAGAUGAGGACUGCAUAACUGAGAUGUCCGUCAGCCUGAAUAACUCCAGACAGAGCACCCUACAGCUGGUCAAUGAGUGGAAGUACGACCAGACCACUGCCACCUACCUGUUGCUGCUCUCUAAGAAACAGAGAGGGAAACCUGUCCGGAUCAGGCCUCAACUUCCUGUCUGUGAUGUCAUGUCCUGUUCACCUCAACGCCUGGGAGUACAGACUCUACUCUUCGAUGAUGAUGAUGAUGCUGAUGAUGCUGAGGACCGUUGCUAUGACGACGACCUGCCCUGGGUUCCGCUCACACCCCAGCAAGAGAGAGCAACCUGUCCGUCAGCUGAAAAGAGGCGGGAUCAGACUAAACACGCCCCCACUCCGGAGAGGGAGCCAAUCGCGCACCACCACCGUCACCAGGAGAGGCGGGAUCAGACUAAACACGCCCCCACUCCGGAGAGGGAGCCAAUCGCGCACCACCACCGUCACCAGGAGAGGACCAAUGAAAACAAAGAGAACGUUGCCGUGGCCAAUAAGGAUGCUGAUAUAUUUGCUUUGCCCGCCCCCCGAUCCCCAGUAGCCAAUAGGAAGGCAACUCGGCCCAAUAAGAGGGUCUUGACAACACCAACCCAUAAUAACACCAACAAGGUUGGCAACAAGGUAGACACACCCCAAGACACACACACACACACAUCCUGA